GGAGGUUAGAGAGCAGCUGGCGAGCAAGACAACAGACGUAGAAACUAAACAUAGCACAUUACACAUUAGUCAACAUGACACCGACAACAGAAAGUCUAUCAGAUCUCCAAAAACAAGUAUUUUCACGAAUAAGUAACAAUGAAGCCGCGGAACUCUGCGCUCUCCUCGCUUCCAACAAAAUGAAGAUCGACUUCGUCGACGAAAACGGUAUGAGUCCUCUCCAGCAUGCCUGUUACAAAGGAAAUAAAGAGAUUGUCCAGAUGCUGCUCGACCAGGGAGCUGAUGUAAAUGCGUGUCAACACGAGCAUGCAUACACGGCAUUGCAUUUCGCGGCAUUGAGUGGCAACGCAGAUUUAUGUCACCUGCUGAUGUCUCAUGGUGCCAAACUUACGGCGACGAAUAGCGUAGGCAGGACACCCGCACAAAUGGCUGCCUUCGUAGGGAAUCACAACUGCGUAGCCACCAUCAACAAUUACAUACCAAAGGCUGAUAUUGAUUACUACAUAAAACCACAGGGAUUACAAACAGAGCCGAUGUUGCCUCCGCAUCUGGCCGAUUCCCUUCACAAGUUCAUUAUGCAGGUCAAUGUACAUCCGGUUAGAGUCGCUAUGAGCUUGCAGAGGUGUACUGGUCUACUAGAUCAUUUACCGAAGGUUCAAAAAGUAUUGGAGUCUAUGCGUCAUCGUGAAAUGACCAGAGGUACGGACACAAAUGAAAUAAUGGCAUUUAAAUAUCACUACCUGAGUUGUAUUGUAAGCGAGUUGAUAAAAUGCCAGAAGCGGCUGGAAGCGAGAAAAGCUGAGAAAAUAAACGGAGACAAAUCAGCUGAUGAGGAAAAAAAUAAAACGGACCCGGUGGAAUUUUUUAUACGCGCACUGCUGAAGUGCAGCAGAAGCGACGGCCUUCCGGAAUACCAGGAGGCUCUGCUGAGAGAAAUAGUGAGGGAGUUCCCGUUCCGCGAGAGCAUGAUAUUCAGGCAGAUGGUGGCCACUUUGGCUGGAACUGACCCGCCGUCGGCGGUGUCUGUUAUAUCCGCGGCUAUCAAUGGACAGCGCGGGUUCGCGGACAAUCAGCAGAUCUGCAUGACCUGUGGAGAAGAAAAGGCGACCAAGAAGUGCAGCAAAUGCAAGGCGGUUCAGUACUGCGACCGCGAGUGCCAGAGAUUGCACUGGUUUUUGCACAAGAAAGAAUGCGCGCGCGUGAGUCCUUCUUGUAUUGGAUCCGCUGCUGGAAAUCCUAAAGUUACUGAUACUGACAAAGUCGAUAUUGCCAAUGCUGUUAAAAACGAAAUCGGCAAUUUGAAUAUCAAAUAAAUUAUUUAGAUAGACUUUUUUUUGAAUAGACGGGAGGUUACUUAGUUUUCACUUCAAUACUUUUUAUUUAAAUUUAAUUCCGCACAAUUUUUUACGAUUUAAAUAAAAAAUAGAUAAAAAGAAUACGGAGUAAGAUCAGGGAGUUCAAGGAGACCUUUCAUUUAUUUUUAUUUUAUAUGUUGUAGGACUUUUUAUGUAUUAUCAAAUAAAUUUGAAUAAUUGGUGGAAUAAUUUUUGAUUGAUUGAAAUAAUUUGUAGCCGGGCGAUUUUGGAAUUACACCAGAGCGCGGGGUUACACGAUCUGGGAAUUGUCAAGUGGGACAUUGCGCUUUGUUUGUUUAUUGUUUAUGUUAUUUGUUAUUUUUCAUUGUGGAAGGGAAUAUCAACAUUUGGAAAGGUAAUUUUUAUUUUUUUUUAAUU